AUGCCACCCAAAAAGAGGACGGUAGCAAAAUCUGGUGCUGGAACUGAUGCCUCUCUUGAGCAUGAAGAGACCUCAGAUAUCGUAACCGAUCUUCCAGCGUCAGGUGAGACUCUAUUAGCCAACGGCGAUAACCCCGCAGCAAUCUUUGCACAACUGCAGCAAACAGUGGAGGGAGACGCAACGAAAAUCAAUAACCACCUGGGCUCUUUGAUGAGCCUUGUACAAGCCGCCGAAAAUUCACAAACUUCCAUUUUUCUACGCGUGCGUUUCCUAGAAUUGAUCGCCAGGUACGUGGUACACAUUCGUGACAACAAUGCACUCAAAAAGAUUGUUACUUCGCUCAUCAAAAUUAUCGGUGGUGACGAUAAUACGCCUCAGCUGCUGGUGGCCGCCUUGCAGUGCUUCAGUGGACUCGGUUCUGUUUCGAUGCUGGAAAAACAGUGGGAAUAUCUUUCUCGUGAAGGUGCGGAUAUUCUCAUGCAGGUGAUAAUCGAUAAAGAGGCUUUCCCAGAGCCAGUGCGCCAGGCCGCGCGCAAGUCAUUGGAUGAUCUUACCGAAAGCGCGUUCCAACCGGUGGUGACCAAACUCCUGCACUGGCUCAGCGACGAUCGGGAGGAUGACGAAGAGGAGCAGCUUUUGAAGGAGCGUCACAUGGCGCUUACUGUCCUCAAUCGUCUUUCACGAAUGGUGUCGUUGAAGUCUCAGUGGACGGAGGAAGUCCAAGAGCUUGUAUAUAAUCUAAUCCUACGUAUCCUCGAUGUUGUGAAUGUGCGCGAGUUCUCGCAGUUGGCUCGCAUAGCGGCGCACUUGCCUAUCAUUGUUGCAAAGGGUGGCGGUAAUUUUCUUUUAAAGUCGUACUUGUCUAACCAUAAACUCGACAGCAAUCGCCAGUUGGAGGCUGUCGUGAUUCUUGGCCGUUUUGUACAGGUGAAGGACCAAAGUGAUGAGCUCGAUUUGACCCCUGCUUUGGAGGCUGCUGGCCUUCUUGCCCAUGAAAUUGACGCUCAGAGCGAGCACGGAUAUUUAAGCGCACGUAUUGUGCUUUUGACUGCACGAUUGGCUGGUUCUGAUACAGCUGAAAAACUUCUUUCAUUUAUUUUUCAUAAUUUGAUGCACCUGUUGGGUGCCGACGGCACAUCGUUGCCUGAAAACAUCUCCACUCUAGAAGCCUUGUUGUUUGCCAUGGUCGCGAUCGCACGCAAAAAGCCCAUAGAAGUUCUUCAGAAAAUACACGAAGAAAAUUUCAACGCAUCUAUGAUCAACCUCAUGAAAGCAAUGACAUCGCUAGAAAAUCAUACACUCUUUUCGGUGAAGAAGUUGGUGAUGAAGAAGGAGGCCAAAGAUACCGAUGCGGAGAUGCUGACAUGCUUGCAUAACAUCUGCGUGAUUGCGGGUAGCGCCUCCUCUAAGCAUUUACCUUUGAUCGAGCUCAAGGAAAGUUGGGCGGAAAGGCCAAGUCUAUCGGUAUUGAAGCAUACAGGAUCAACAGGGGGCCGCACCACGGCGCUGUCGCUACCACCUGGUACCGCUGCGUCGACAUCUGUCCUUCGAAAUUCGCGCGGCGGUCCUCAAAAACGACAGCGAUCACAAAUGGGCCGUAGUACAUCCAAUGGGGGCAUGAUACGGUCUCGUCGAUAG